AUGCUGAGCUCAUCGGCUUUCAGAGGUAGACCUAACAAAGACUCGAUCCCUCACUUGACUCGAUUCAAUCUACUAUGCCAGUCAGUGGAGAUAGUCCGCGGAGUUACCGAUGAGUCUCUCAUGCUCAUAGCCUUUCCAUUCUCCUUAAUGGAUACUGCUCUCGAAUGGCUCUACACACUACCUCCAGAUUCCAUAUUCUCAUGGGAACAGAUACAAGAAAAGUUCAUGCAGCGGUUCUUCCCCACUAGCAAGACCCAGCUCGCGAAACAACAGAUUAACUCAUUUUUGCAGGAACCUGAUGAAUCCUUACGGGAAGCUUGGAAUCGCUUUCAAGGAUACCAGAGAACAUGUCCUCACCAUGGAUGGGAUAAAAGGUACCUUAUUUCCACUUUCUUGCAGGGAUUAAAGGAGGACACUCGGGUUCUUAUUCGAGUAGCAUGUGGAGGAAGCCUCAACGAAAAGUCAUUCGACUUCAUAGAGCAACAGAUCAACAAGAUGGCCAACGAGUGUGCUCCCUCUCACGAGUUUAUCAGAAACGUUAGCCUCAAAGACAGUCGUGCAGGUAAGGAAAGUCUAUCUGAAAUUCAGGCAUUACGUGCAGAAUUGGCAAAACUUAAAAUGCAGGUUGAGAAUGCCCAUCUGAUCUCAGACUUAGACACAUCAGCCAACGGGUAUAAGAUCGAAGACGUCUACUAUGUAGAUAACAACCUGUACUCGAACGUGUCCAAUUCGGGGUGGAAGAAUCAUCCAAACUUCUUGUACAAGAAUUCUUCCAACGUCUUGAAUACUCCACAUGGAAAUUUAUGUGGUCCAUCUAAUCAGGGUCUUUCUCAAGGACAUCAACCUCGACCCCGAUCUCUCCCACAACAUCAGAAUCAGGCCGUUCAACACUACCUAGCGCCUCUUCAAUUUCAGCAGAAUUACGCUCUGUCUCCGCCUCCACCACAGGUAGAUUUUGACCUCGAUCUUAAGUCUAUGUUCGCAAAGCUUAUGCAGGAUCAAGAAGUCAUUCGCACCGAGAUGCGUGAACAUCAACAGAUCGACGCCCAUUUCAAGGUUAUCGAUAAUCAAAUAGCUCAACAUGCUCCCUCUAUACCUUCGCGACCUUAA